CUUCACCAGCACCAUCGACAGGUCAGCAGCGCCAACAGACAAGUGACGCCUCUGCAUCCAUGUCGACGGUCGACAAGGACAACCCUGACAAGCCAGAUGGCGAUGGGCAUGUCCACAAAAAGUUCCAGAGGAUAUCGCUCGGCUGCCUCACGACAAAGAACCCGAUCCGACGGAUAUGCAUCCGAAUAGUGUCGUGGAAGUGGUUUGAUCGGUUCAUCGUGUUCUGUGUCAUAUUCAACACGAUCAUUCUGGGCCUGACAGACUACACCGACGCGUGGGUGGACGGCCCCAACAGCACCAUCUGGAUCAACUGGUUCAUUGACAAGUGCAAUUACGUGAGCUUUUACAUCUUUCUCGCCGAGGCCACGUUCAAAGUCAUCGCGAUGGGGUUCUGUUUCGGCGAGCGCGCAUACUUUAGUGAAGGCUGGAACCGACUCGACUUUGUCAUUGUCGUGUCGGGGGUACUGUCGAUGCUGAAUUUCAAAGGCGUCAAGGUGGGGUACAUUCGAGUCCUCCGGGUCAUGCGACCACUCCGAACGCUUCACUCUCUCCCAGGUCUAAAAGUGCUGACAAAUUCCCUCCUCGCCAGUUUACCCGCACUGGCCAACGUGUUUGUGUUGCUCAUGUUUUGCACGUUGGUGUUUGCCAUCCUGGGUAUGGAAAUGUACCGAGGAGCGUUCCAUUAUCGGUGUCGGGUAACGCCGUACCCCGUGAAGCUCCCCCCCAAUGGCACGCUCAACUACCCCCCUGACGCAGCGUACAUUGCCCUGGUGCAGUCGGCUCCCCACCUCUACCAGUGCAUGAUGACGGGGAGCAUUCCGAUUACUCAAAACAUGUCCAUGUGGCCUGAGCCCCAGGAUUGCUUUUGGCCCACCGACCCAGGAGAAACCACGCCCAAGCUAUGUAAUCCCAACAGCGUCGUGGGGCGUCAGUGCCAGCCAGACUUUGUGUGUGGCUCAAACUACGACAUUGAAGGCAGCCCGCGGUUUACGUAUAUGGAACUGGCGCCGUGGAACCAAAGCAGCGGCGACGACGCGCUGUUCAAUUCGAAUUUAAACUACGGCUUUACCAGCUUUGAUAACCUUGGGCGGUCGGCGAUUAUCAUUCUGCAAACACUCACGGCAUCUGGGUGGAUGGUGCUCACGCAAACGACCCAAACGACUGGAAGUCCCGUGGUCGGGGGAAUCUUCUUCACCGUUCUGAUGUAUGUCGGCAUGUGCUUUCUCCUGCAACUCAACAUGGCCGUGCUGUUUUCCGAGUUUGAAAAGGCCAAGGAGCUACAAGCCAAGCUUCUACUAAAAGAACUGCAACGCAAGUCGGUGAUUUUGGCUUCGUUGCCACCGGACGCAGGAAGCGCCAAGCAUAGACCGGCCAAGCUGCCCGACCGCACUACCACCAACUCACUGACAUCGACUCAACCAGGCGAUGUGGCUGUGCAAUCGUCGCUGCGGCGGCGGUUCGCGACGCUGCGAGCGCGCAUGCACGUGGUGGUCACGUCCAAAAAGUUCAUCAACUUUGGGCUGCUGGUGACCGUCGCCAAUAUUAUCAUUCUCGCGCUGGACCAUCACGACAUUGACCUUGACUCGAAGGCGGUGUACGAAAAGAUGAACUUUACGUUUAUGCUGUACUUUGGCAUGGAGUCCAUCAUGAAGAUGCUCGGGCUUGGGUUUCGCCAUUUCUGGACUGACAAGUUUAACCGAUUUGACGUGCUAACAUUCGUCCUUGGUGUGGUCGAAGUGAUUGUCCAUCCCCCAGCGUUCAUCGAUGGCACCCCGGGAGGCGGCGGCUUCUUCACCGCGUUUCGAGCGGCUAGGGCAUUUAAGUUGGCGCGCAUGUGGAAGUCGCUCAACCAACUCUUGACGGCGAUUCUGGCUUCGUUUGGCGAAAUCCUCAACUUUUUGUUGUUUCUGGUGCUGUUUCUGCUCAUUUUCAGCCUCAUUGGCAUGGAGCUGUUUGCCACCAAGUACCAAUUCGACCCCAACAACUUUUCCAUGCCGUACAAUAACACGAACCCUCAAACGCGCCUACACCGGUCCAACUUUGACUCGAUCCAGUGGGCGUUUUUCACCGUGUUUCAAAUCCUCACGUACGACAAUUUUCCAUCGGUCAUGUACGACGGAUGGAUCGCCGUGGGCACGAUCACCCCGUUGUAUUUUGCCUUGGUGAUCAUCCUCGGCGUGCUCAUUGUCAUGAACAUGUUCUCCGCCAUCUUGGUGCAAAGUGUCAUGGUGGACAAGGACGAAGACAUCGACGACGACAUAGCACUCGACCGCGACGCCACCGCGCUCGCGUUGGAGGUAGCAAACUACGCCGACGGCAGCCCAGAUAACGUGGCGGCCGAUGGAACGACCCUGAAUGCCAUUCUCAGCUCUCGCAAGCGAAGCGGCAACAGCCCCGAUCGACGCGGCAGCGUCACCCCCCAGCGCCUCCGCAUGACCAAGCGAACGAUGCAGCAGUUGAUGCGCAUGAUAAACUCGACUACCCCCCCCCCUCAGCCCCCCGUGUCCACCUACGGCGCCCCUGAAGACGGGGCGGCCGUGCAAGUCAACGGAGGCAAAAGUUUGUACUUAUUUGCCCCGUCCAACCCGAUUCGCCGGUUGAGCCGAUUCAUCCUCAAGCGACGGGAGUACACGUGGGUGAUGAGCUCGAUCAUAUUCGUGUCGUGUGUGGGCACGGCGUUGGAUUCGCCACUGCAGGACACGUCCACAGGCAUCGGGCUCGUGCUGGACUCGUCCAAUUUGGUGUUUGCGGUCAUCUUUUCUACGGAAAUGGCGCUCAAUGUGAUCGCCCGGGGGUUAGUUCAAGGCCCCGAUGCGUUUGUGAAAGAUUCGUGGCGACUUCUCGACGGGUUUAUCGUGUUUGUGUCUGUGCUGCCGUAUUGCUUGGGGGACUCCAAGAGUGAUGCAUUGUCUGGCCUGCGGUCCCUUCGGGCGUUCCGGGCGUUGCGCCCCCUGCGCGUGAUCAACAAACUGCCGUCGUUGAAACUUGUUGUGAACACGUUGUUUCGAUGCAUGCCAGACAUGGGUCGCGCGCUGCUGUUUGCGUUCUUCAUGCUGUUUCUGUUUGGCCUUAUGUCGCUGUCAUUGUUCAAAGGCGCGCUUCAUACGUGCUCUGUGAUGUUGGAGGAGUUGGACGUGAUGACGUUUCCACGGCCGUGGACUGACUUGACCGAGCCGCAAAGAGAAGCGUUGCGACCUGUGUGGAACCAGCCCGGCUGCGGCCCCUUUGCCGACGACUUUACGCCGACAUCACGAGACAUUUGCCUGUGUUUUGCCGAUCAGAAUGGCACGUCGUGGAAUCGUCAAACCCCACAGAGCUUUGACAACAUCAUUCGUGCGGUGGGUGGGUUGUAUGAACUGACAACGAUGGAAGGGUGGACGUCCGUGGCGAUCGCGUGCAUCGACGCCGUGGGGGAAAACAUGCAGCCGAUUGCCAACCACAACCCGGCCAUGAUGUUUUACUGGUGGCUGUACAUCAUCAUAUGCGCGUUUUUCAUAACGAACUUGUUCAUUGGCGUGUUGUGCGACAGUUUUCAGCGCGAAAGCUACGGGUCUAUGGUCACAGAUGAGCAAGUGCGGUGGAUCAAGCUGCAAAAGAAAGUGCUGGCGAUGUCCCCAUUACGGUCGUUUCCUCGACCCAAGAACGUCGUGCGCGCCGUGUGCCAUCGCAUUGCUACGUUCAACUACUUUGAGCACUUUAUCACGCUCGUGAUUCUCGUCAACACGGGGUGCAUGGCCGUGCAGGGGUUUGGACAGUCCAAGGCCACCGAGCUCACGUUCAACACGCUCAACACUGUGUUUUCAGUCAUCUUCACGCUCGAAGCCACGGUGAAACUCACGAGCUUUGGACGGGUGUACUUUGAGGACGGAUGGAAUCGCUUUGACUUUGUCAUUGUCGUAUUCACGUUGCUCAGCAUGAUGCUGCAAGCGGUCAACAUCAACGUCGGGUCCACGGCGACUGUGAUUCGCGUGUUCCGAGUUGGCCGCGCCUUGCGCCUCAUCAAAAAGGCCAAGAUCAUGAAGAACCUGUUUGACACGCUCAUCGUGUCGCUGCCGGCCGUGGGCAAUGUCGUGAGUUUGCUCAUGCUGUUGUACUAUAUUUUCGCCGCCGUGGCCGUCCAAUUGUUUGCCAAAACCGGCUUUGACGGCAACAUGAUCAACGAAGACCAGAACUUUGAGAGCUUUUGGGUCGCGUUUCAAACGCUGAUUGGGUUUUCCACGGGUGAAAACUGGGACAACUUUGCGUGGGAAGUCUUCAACCAAGUGCCCGCGACCAACCCCACGUGCGAAGACCGGUCGUACAACGCCAGCAUGUGCGGCUUCAACGACGUGCCUGGAUGCGUCCCCCUCGACGGGUGUGGGAGUAUGCUCAUCUUGCCCUUCAUGUACUUCUUCUUUCUCAUCAUGGGCUACGUGGGCAUCAAUUUGUUUUCCGGGAUUGUCGUCGACGCCAUCGGCGACUCGUCCAGCGAUUGCCCUGUGAACGUCAACACGUUGGCGGAGUUUUCCGAUCGGUGGGCGCAAUUCGAUCCAUCAGGGUCGGGGCUCAUCACGGCCGACGAACUGACCGACUUUUUGUACACUGUGUACCCUCCGUUUGGGUUCAAGGGUGUGCCGGGGUUUACCCGUCGAAGGGUUGUGAUUGCCAUCGGCGAAUUGGACAUUCCCAUCUACGACAAAAAGUUCGUACACUUCAAGGACGUGCCUCGAGCAUUGGUGCAGCGGGUGUUAGCCGAGGGCGACAAGACCAAGUACGCGGAGAUUACCGAUGUGAUGGAGAAGCUUGGGAUCAACCGCCAAUUCGACGAAAUGUGGUUCCGCAACCAUGGCAAGAAGCACCAAAACACGCUCACGAAGCGACAAAAGGCACACGUGAAGGAAUAUUCGGCGUCCGUGGUGAUACAACGCUUCUUGGAGCGAGUGCGCUUGGAAAAGGUGCGCCAGGACACGGGGUCGACGCGGAACUUGAAGAUUAAUCAGGAGAGUGUCGGUGGGUCCAAGGAGCGGAUACAACUGCAGCCCCCUCAGUGCCUACAUGGCGAAUCCAGAGAGAUCAUGCACGUCGAAUCCGUUGGAGCAGGAGAAGCCACGGGAGGUGAGCCGAAUAUCCCCGCCAUUGUCGAAACGUACAUGGCCCCGGCGGCGUCCAUCGAUGAUCUCCAAGACGUAGUCGAUGGGGUCGCAUAGUUGUUGUUUUCUAGUAGUGUAUCUUAAUUUAUACCAAUUUUGAAUGCGUAUGUGGAA